GUAAAAAAAAAGAAAGUAGAAAUUUAUAAGAAUAAUGAAGAAAUAAUAGAGUGCUGAGAUGUACUUAAUAAAGAAUGAUUAGUUUUGGCAUUGUUAAUUUAUUUAAUUAAAACCAAUAACAAUAUAGAUUAGGAAUGGAUAAUUGAAUGGGAAUAUUGAAUAAUAAGAGACAAUAGAAAUAUCAUUAACAAAGUUUCCAACAAUGGAGAGAGGUAUAGAAGUGAUGAGUGAUUAAAUAUAAUAGAAAUUAUAGAAAGGAUUUCGUGAAAUAAAUAGUAAUGAUAUAUUGAAAGCAAAUGAAUAGAAAUAUUAGGAGAAAAUGAUAGGAAAUUCAAAGAAAGACUUAACAUAAUAGAAGAUAUUAUUAAAGAGAGUAAAUUUACCAGAAUAAAGAAAGCCAAUAGUAGGAUUAACAGAUGAUGCAACAUAAGGUAAAUUAAUAGGAGAAUGGCCAAAAUAUAGAGCAAGAAGUCAUUUAGGAGAGACAUUAGAUUUAGGUCCCCCUGGUGAUACAAAACCAAUAUAAUGUUUAUUAGCAGGAUAAUGGAAUGAGAAUAUAAAUCCAACAAAUUAUUUAUUAUCAGAGAAACUAGAUGGUAUGAGAAUAAUAUGGAGUGGAUGUGAAAUGUAUACAAGAAAUGGUAAUUCAUUAAAUUUUCCAACAUCUUUUGUAGAAGGAUGGCCUACUACUUAUUUAGAUGGUGAAUUAUGGCUUGAUAGAGGAUAGUUUUAAAAAUUAGUUAGUAUAGCUAAAAAGAAAUAGCCUGAUUAUAAGGCAUGGAAAGAUAUUAAAUUUAUGGUUUUUGAUGCUCCAUUAUUAGAUGAACCAUUUGUAAAUAGAUAUUAGAAAUUCAAAAAAGCAAUAGAGAAAAUAAAGAAUCCUCAUUUAGUGUAUGUACCUCAUGUUGUAUGUCGUGGAUAUGAACAUUUAAAAGAAGAAUUAGUAUUAGCAUAAUAAGCAGGAGGAGAAGGAUUAAUGUUAAGAGAUCCAUAAUCUUUAUAUGAAGGUAAAAGAUCUAAUACUUUACUUAAAGUUAAAACUACUAUGGAUUCUGAAGCUACUGUUGUUGAGCAUAUAUAAGGAAUGGGUAAAUUUAAAGAUUAACUUGGUGCUUUAAAAGUGUAAACAGAUGCAGGUAUUACAUUUUAAAUUGGAGUGGGAUUUAAUAGUAAAUUAAGAAAAGAUCCUCCUAAAAUUGGAUCUAGAAUUUCAUAUAGUUAUUAUGGAUUAACAGAUGAUGGUAAACCAAGAUUCCCUGUUUUUGAAAGAAUUAGAGAAGAUUUAUGA